CCACUGUGAAAGUGAAAGUAAAAGUCUCUGAACCUGCUGAGCUCAUGUCGCACUUUGGCUCCUGUUUCUUUCCUGAAAAAUCCUCUUUUUGACUCACGAUGUCGCAUCCAGUUUAUUUUGACUGUGACGAAAUGGACGAAGAGAAAAAGAAGAAAAUACAAAUAUAUUUUCAGAUUCGCCGUAAAUCUGGAGGUGGAGAAUGCGCCGCAGUGACGGGGGUCUGCGGGAGAGUUUACAGAGUGGACUUUAAAGACCAAGAGGCCCAGCAGAGGGUGCUGGAGAGGGCUGAACACAAGGUGGAGAUGGCUUCUUCUUCUGUGGUUCUGAUCGUUCGGAGCAGCUCUGAAGCCACUGCCCCUGGCCCCGUCUCACCUGCAGCGCCCAGCCCCAAACAUCUGCACGGCUCCAUCUCUGCUGCAGGUUCGCCCUCUGGUGGUGAGGAGCAUGUAGUGCAGGUGGAUCCUUACCUCCUUCAGUUCCUGACGGACUCCGCUCAGGCCAGUGACGAGUUAAACAGGGCGCUCCGGUCUCAGUGCGCGACGGCCAAGUUACGCCCUGAAAACGAGGCCGCCUUUGUCAGGAGUUCGGUGCAUUUUGUCAACGACGACGCUAAAAAAAUGUGGAGAUCAGAAGUGGAGUCCAUUUUUGAAAAGAUGAAAAGUCGUUAUUGCUGCCAUUUUGAGUUCGAGGCGGAACUGAGGGCGCUUCUGCUCAAGUCGUGUAACAAGUGUCAGGAACAAGAAGAAGUUAAAGUUUACAGCGAACCAGAGCUAGUUGUUGUGGUUGGAACGCUAACUGAUAUCCAAGCUAUGCUAAAACACGCUAACGACCACCACGUGAAGAGUCGUGGCGCCAGCCAAAAACAAUCACGAAAACGUAGAUUUGAUCGAGCGAUAUAUCAUCUCUUGCAUAAAGAAAUUGAGCAAAGUUUAGCCAAAGACGUGCCCGGUUUAGAAGUGACAGAAGAAGACGGAGCGCUGGUUUUCCAAGGCACAGCUGAAGAGAUCAGUAAAGCUUAUGAUAUAAUUGACAGUAAGGAAAAUAUGGUGAAAGAAGGAACAGUUAGCGACAUUAGCAAGCAUCUUUUAGCCUUUUUGAACCAAGCGUACAGCUGUGGCCAGGAGCUCGGUGACUUUUUAGGAGUUGGGGAAAACGUCAUAAUCGAGCUCAUGCCAACUAAGAUUAAGAUCGUAUCUCUGUCCACGAAUAAAACUGAUCAAACUGUAAAAACACUGAAAGAAACAUUCACAGAAGAGCAAAUGGAGCUGCCCCAGUGUUUUGAGAUGUCACUGGAACAACAAACCCAUCUCAGGUCAGAGGAGGGACGGAUGAACGCAGCAGGACUUAAAGUUCAUGUUGAGUUUACGAAAAAUAAAGUGACUCUGCUCGGACACGACAGAGAAGUUAAGGACUUACAAGCCGCGGUUAUACAGUUCAUUCUGGACCAGUUGAAAGUGGAAGACAACGUACAAGUCCCUUUUCCAGAGUUAGCGCAAAAGCUACCAGAGCUGCUAACGCUAAACGGUUUUGAUGUUACAGGAGUGAUUUUCAAGCCUUUACAUUCUGGUUUUGUUGCUUUGGAAGGACCCUCCAACGCCGUGACUCCCGUUAGAACCAAGUUAGGCCCUUUUCUCCAAGCCCUCGCUAAACUUCAUCUGAUCGUCGAUAAACCAGGUGCGCUCCGUUAUUUCAAAUCUGAAAGCGGAGCCGAAAAGCUGUUGGAUGUGGCUAACUUACACAAGUGUCUCAUCCGACUUGAAGAUGAAACAACCGCGAGUGGAGAGGAGAUAGUGGAGAGGUAUACCUUAAAGAAAGGCGUACAGGUGAUCGUUUACCUGGGUGACAUCACGAAACAGGAAGCAGACGCGCUGGUGAAUGCAGCCAAUGAGGAGCUGCGGCACGGCGGGGGCGUGGCUUUAGCACUGAGUAAAGCGGGAGGUCCCAAAGUGCAGAGGGAAAGUAAUGAAUUGAUUAAAAACUUUGGUAAACUUAAAACAGGUGAGGUCGUGAUGACGAGUGGCGGUCAGCUUAAAUGUAAGAAGAUUCUGCACGCCGUGGGACCAGAAAAACAAAAAGGAGGAGAAGAGCGGGUGAUUCUAGAGGAGACGGUUCUGGCUGCUCUAGUUUUAGCUGAAAGUCUUGAUUUCGAGUCGAUUGCGUUGCCGUGUAUAAGCUCAGGGUUGUUCGGCGUGCCCGUGGACGUGUGCAGCGACGCCAUCGUGAGCGCGGUCCGGGCGUUUGGCGCAGGAGAAGGGAGGCGUCUGAAGAAGAUCACCCUGAUAGACCAAAGGAGGGAGGUGGUCCAGAGCCUGAAGGCGGCGUGCGACAGGCUGCUGAACGAGGCGGGGCCAAGAGAGGAGCAGACGGGAGGAGCAGCCACAGGAGGAGCAGCCACAGGAGGAGCAGCCACAGGAGGAGCAGCCACAGGAGGAGCAGCCACAGGAGCAGAGGAGAGUGUGAGGGUGGAGAUCAUCCAAGGGACCCUCGAGAACCAGCUGGUGGCGUGCCUGGCGUGCCCGAUGGCCGGCGCUCAGCCCACCUCUCUGCGUGUGGGUCAGGCUCUGGAGUCUGUGGUUGGAGCGGCGCUGAUGACGCGCUUUCACCAGGCGUCAGGAGGCGCCACUCUGCCCGGGGGCAGCGUGCUGGUGGAGGGGCUGCCCCGCCUCCACGCCGACGCCGUCGUCUUCAUCAACCUCACGAAAUACAGCAGCCAACAGCAAGAGGGCGCCAAACAGGUCCUGAGGGAGGGCAUCCGCAGCGUCCUGUCGACCUGUGAGGGGCGGGGCUUCAGGUCCGUGGCGUUCCCGGUCCUCGGGCCGGGGUUGAUCCUACAGUUCCCGGUCAGCACGGCCGCUCUGAUUCUGCUGCAGGAGAUUCAGAUGUUUGAGCAGAAACGAGCCUCAAAGACGCCUUUUCAGAUACGAAUCGUCAUCCACCCGAAGGACAAAGAAGCCAGCAAGGAGUUUCAAACAGCCCAACAGACGCUUCACCUCAAAGGCUUCACCAACGACGCCCGUCCAAACCACGCGUCCUUUUACCGUCAUGUGUCCUCCUCGCCUUCGGAGGUCACUGCUCUGAUGGGCAGGGUCAAGAUGCAGAUUGUUCAAGGUGACAUCAUCCAUGAAAAGUGUGAUGUCAUCGUCAACUCCACCCGCCUGGACCUCGUAGGCACCACAGCGGAGCCUGCAGGUGUGUGUAAAGCCAUUCUGGCGGCAGCAGGGCCCAGUGUCCAGGCCGAGCUGAGGAGAGUGGGGCCGUCUGCAGACUCCAUCUGCAGCACAGGAGCGGGGCUGCUGGGAUGUCGAGAGAUCGUCCACGUUCAGACCAAAACUAACGCUCAAGACUUCAACAAAACCUGUAAAAGAGUCCUCAAACUGUGCGAGAGCAAAGGACACCAGUCUGUGGCCUUCCCCGCCAUCAACACAGGUAUUGGACAGAUGGACCACGGCGCCGCGAGCAGGGCCAUGUUGGACGCGUUGGCGGCGGCGAUAACAGAACUGAGCCCGAAGUCUGUGUCAGUGAUCCGCAUCGUGAUCCUCCUGCAGCCUGUGUUCAGUGUGUUCAGAGCUGAGCUGGACACUCGCUUUGGCCAAGCUGCUCCUCCACAGAACCUGUUUGGAAAAUGGAAAUCAAAAUUUAGAACAUCCCGAUCUGGAACAAAUAUCCCGACAACGAAGCCUCAGCCCGCUGCUUUCAGCGUGAUCGGCCACGCUCCUGUGGACACCGCCGCCUUAAAGACAUCACUGGAACAUUUAGUCCAUCAACAGCUCCUGGAGAAAGAGUUUGAGCUGCGCGAGCUCUCACGACUCAGUGAAAUGGAAGUGGCGGCGUUACAGACUAAUGCCCGGUCCUACGGUGUCAGUUUGGACCACCGCGUUCGACAAAACGCCAACGCGAGCAAAUCUGACGUGAAAAACAGCGCCGAUUCUGGUGAAAAGAUGGUGAUUCUGAGCGGCCUUAAAGAAGACGUUUUGGUAGUGGCAGAUUUUGUCAACAAAGCCGUUAAAAAAGCACUAAGUGAAGAUCUGCAAGAACGAGAAGAAGAGAGUUUGGCUCAGACGGUUCAGUGGAUGUAUUUAGACAACGGAGACGACUGGAAGCUUUUCAAUCCCAAACAAAACUACAUCCUGGAAGAAGCAAAUAAAAAACAGAAAGUGUUUGAGAAAAUGGAGCUAAACAACAACAAAGUGAAAGUGAAUCUUACGGCGUUAGAAGCAACUGAUAAACAAACAGGCAAGAAGUACAGAGUGAAGCGCGUCGAGAUGGACACAGACAUUGACUUUCCUGAGAAGUGGAGCCCAAUGGCAGGAGAAACAUUUAAGAAAGUGGAACUGGAUCCAUCCACAGAAGAGUUUCAAAGCAUCGCCAAAGAAUUUUACAGAACCACAAAACACAAAAUACACAAGAUUGAGCGCGUGCAGAACCAUUACCUGUGGUGCAGCUACUUUGUGAUGAGGAAGAAGAUGUUGAAGAAGAACGGCGCGGCUGGGCUGGGCGAGAAGCAUCUGUACCACGGCACCUCUGCUAAAUCCUGCAACUGCAUUGAGAGGGACCGCUUUGACAGAAACUACACGGGAACACAUGGUGCAAAUUACGGCAAAGGCGUUUACUUUGCUGUCAAUGCUAGUUACUCUGCACGUGACGUGUACUCCGAACCUGAUGACGCCGGGCUGAAGCGGAUGUAUGUAGCCCGAGUCCUGACUGGGCGCUACACAGAGGGAGAAGCCUCCAUGAAAGCUCCGCCCCCUCGCGGCAGAAACCUUAGCGACCGCUACGACAGCCUGGUGGACAGUCUGCAGAAUCCCGAGAUGUUUGUGAUCUUCCACGAUGACCAGGCCUACCCAGAGUACCUCAUCACCUUCAGCUGAGGACACCACACGAUCAAAGGCAGAGAGGGGGCGGGGUCAGAUAUAUGCUGAUUCAAUUUACUUGAUAUAUUUAAACUUUUUAUUUAAAUGACUCUUAAUAUUGGAAUGGUUAUUAUUACAAUGUCGAUUUGCAGAGGUCCAAACCUCGUUGAGCUUAUGCUCCCUGAGCCUCGUAAUUAUUCACCACGAUGAGUUUACAAGCACUUUUCUCAGAGACCAAAGAACAAAGUUUUGCCGUGACUGUAGCUAACUAGUAUGCUAACGCACUCUGCCUGAUAAUCAGCUAAAAAUAAAUAAAGAAAUGUUCAAAAUUCAAGUGAAUAUUUUACUCCAGAUUUUCAGACUUGUUUCUGACCUGUGCCUUUAAUAUUUUCUGCGUUUUUUCGAGCUGCAUGAAAAAUAAACCUGACAAAAUGGCGUAAUUUGGGAAAACGGCUUUUUUUUAUCUGUUUAUUUCAUUAUUUUUAUUUGCUUAUUUGUCUUGUUCACAAAAAUAUAAAGGCCAUUUCUCUAUAUUAUUAUGAUGCAACACAAACACAAUGAAAGUGCACAUUUGAAUGAUUUUGUAAAGUUCUCAGAUGUGAUCAUGUUUCAUUUUAUUUUGAAAGAGUCACAUUAAAACAAUCAGAAGAA